AUGGACUCCAACGCCGUACCCUUCACCUUCCAAGCUGGCGGCGGCCAACUCUCCUUCGGUGGUGGCAGCCAGGAGCUACCUGCUUGUACCUGGGAAGCACCUGAGCCCUCUCAGGAUGAAGACGACGGAAAUGAUCGCAAACGCCGUCGCGUCCAGGUGGACAUGGACAAGCUCGGCGUUUCUGUCCUCAAGCUUGGCUCCGACAUGACUUUCGACUUCCGGUCCGCCCACGCAGAGGCUGAGAAGAAGCUUAUCGACAUCACAGCUGAGCGUGACGAGCUACAGAACAAUCUGGAUGUGUCUCGGGAGACCAUCGCCCGACUUGAAACCGAAGCGAACCAUCUCAGAGCCGUCGGCCGGGCGGAACACGACCUCAUCAAGGCCGAAAAGCAGAGACUUGAGGCACAGCUGGUGGACAUUCGAACCGACCUGGCUGAGGCUAAAAAGAAGAACCGCAAGCUCGAGACACGGGUCAAGGAAGAGAAGGCAAAUGUCACGGCGAAGACCGAAGAGUCCCAGCAACUGGAGGACACUCUUAAGGAGGUAAAGACAAAGCUCAAGAAUGCUCGCAACAAGAACAAGGCCAAGGAACAGGAAUUCGACAAUCUUAAGGACGACGUCAACCGUCUCAGGGAAGAUUAUACCAACCUUCGGAGCGAGAACGAGCUCAAGGUCGAGGAGUGCCGCAACCUCCAAGAUGAUCUCCUGGCUGUGGCUCAGCUCAACGAUCGCUUCUCCGAGCUUGAGACCAAGAACAAGGAGUUGGGGGAAAAGCGAGACUUGCUCAUGGCAGAGAAGCUGGAGCUCAAGGAAGACUAUAACAAGCUCGAGGGCGAGACUGACAAGCUCAAGGAUAAGAUUGAACAGCUGAAGACAGAGAAUGAAGAGCUGAAGCUGGAGAAGCAGGAGCUCGAGCGAGACAACAACGCCCUGGCAGACACGUGCUAUGGAAGCCCGAAGACCCCCAGAACCCCCAGGAAGAAGGCUACGCCGAAGAAAUCCCAACCCUCCCGAAGCCCAUCUGUGGUAGAGUCUGGUAGUAGUAGCAUCACGGCUGCGGGGUCUAUGAAUGAGAGCCUUUCCUGGAUCAAGGACGAGAUGGACAGUGUUUAA